ACGUGCAUGACCACCCCUGGGAGCUCACUGUAGAGCUAUCUGGUAGACUAGAAUCGACUGUUGGUAGCUAGCUGUAAUACGACGGCAGAUCAGUUCAAGCAGUAUGGCAGCGAGCUAUCCUCCCCAGCAGGUCCCUGUGACCAGUGUACCGUCCACCCGUGUGGAGCUCCACCUGUCCUGUAAGAAGCUCAAGGACAUGGACCUCCUCUCCAAGUCGGACCCCAUCGUCUCUGUCCUUGUCAAGGACGCCAAGAGCAGCUCUUGGAAAGAGCACUCCCGCACGGAGCGAAUACAGAACUGUCUGGACCCAGAGUUCAGCAAAGCCAUCCAGAUGGAGUACCGGUUCGAGGAGCUCCAGGUACUCAGGUUCGUCGUGUACGACGUUGACAACGUCUCGCCUACCCUGGAGGACGAUGAUUUUCUGGGCCAGGUGGAGGUGUCUCUGGGGAACGUUGUUAGUGUUGGGUCCACCACCCUCAACCUUCAGAAAAAGAAUGAAACUGGAGAGGGCAAAGGAGACCUUGGAACCAUCACCAUCCGUGCAGAGGAAGUGAGUCAGUUGCAGUACAUGUUGGAGCUAAAGUUCUCAGCACAGGGUCUUGACAAGAAGGACUUCCUGGGUAAGAGUGAUCCUUACCUGGAGUUUGCCAAGGAGAAUCCAGACGGCAGCUACACCACCACUCACCGCACUCAGGUGAUAAAGAACACCCUCAACCCAGUGUGGCCUCAGUUUGAGAUCUCCAGUCAGACUCUCUGCAGCAGUGACGUGGAGCGGAGGAUCAAGGUGACAUGUUAUGACUGGGAUAAUGAUGGGAGUCACGACCUGAUUGGAGUGUUCACCACCUCUCUGUCUGAGCUGAUGGAGGGGCAGAGAAAGAGAGCCAAGCUGGCCUGGGAGUGCAUCAAUCCCAAGAAGCAGUCAAAGAGGAAAUACAAAAACUCUGGCACUGUCAACUUAGACUCUGUGAAGGUGGUACGGGCCCAUUCGUUCCUGGACUACGUCAUGGGUGGCUGUCAGAUCAAUUUCACCGUCGGUAUUGAUUUCACCGGCAGCAAUGGGAACCCCAGGAGCCCCAGCUCUCUCCACUAUAUCGACCCUCACAAACCCAACGAGUAUACGACUGCCCUGAUUGCCGUCGGGGAAGUCUGCCAGGACUAUGACAGUGACAAGCUGUUUCCAUCUCUCGGAUUUGGAGCCAAGAUUGGAGGCCAGGUGUCUCAUGAGUUUGCUCUGAACGGGAACCCCCAGAACCCCUUCUGUGCUGGUAUACCCGGAGUGGUCCAGGCCUACCACACUGCUCUCCAGUCGGUUGAGCUGUGGGGACCAACCAACUUUGCCCCCAUCAUUAACCACGUAGCGAGGUUUGCAGAGCAGGCAGCUGGAAGCCAACAGCAUCAGUACUUCAUUCUCCUGAUGCUGACGGACGGAGUCAUCUCAGACAUGCCAGACACCAUUCGAGCCAUCGUGAGGGCCUCUCGGCUACCCAUGUCAAUCAUCAUAGUCGGAGUGGGCGGGGCCGACUUCUCCGCCAUGGACAAACUGGACUGCGACGACGGACUAUUACGGUAUGGAUCUGAAGUGGCCGAGAGAGACAUUGUCCAAUUUGUGCCAUUUCGAGACUACAAACAGCAGAGUCCCAGUUCCCUGGCUGCAGCUGUCCUAGCAGAGGUUCCACAGCAGCUGACUCAGUACAUGAGAAAAAGAGGGAUCAUACCACCCAAUGCAACUCCGUAAUUCCUUCCCAUCUUUUUUUUCAACAACCAAAUCUGUAGGUUUUUAACAUAAAAAUUUUACAGUGUGUUCAAAGUUGAAAUUGUCAUUUGUAAAAUGAGUACCUAUGGAAGAAAGGAAACUUUUUUACGUUGUUUAUUAGUGAAGGUAGAGUGUUGGGAUCCCAGUCCACGGUGUGACGUGACUCGGAGACAGUCUUGAAGGUCUUGUCGACACACA